GCCGCAGCGCAGCCUGCAAACCCCGGCGGCGAAUGGGGAUGGCGGCGACGGCGGCGACGGCGGGCAGGCUACUGCGGCUCCGCGCGGCCGGGACCGAGGGACCCUGGCGUCGGCUGCGCGCCGCGGGGCUGCCGCGGGGCUUCCUGCAGCCCGCCUCGGCCGACGGGGAUGCGGCCCAGAGGCGGCAGGUGGCUCACUUCACUUUCCAGCCUGACCCGGAGCCACUGGAGUACGGGCAAACUCAGAAGAUGAAUCUCUUCCAGGCAGUAACAAGUGCCUUAGAUAACUCAUUGGCCAAAGAUCCUACUGCAGUAAUAUUUGGUGAAGAUGUUGCCUUUGGUGGAGUCUUUAGAUGUACUGUUGGCUUGCGAGACAAGUAUGGCAAAGAUAGAGUUUUUAAUACCCCAUUGUGUGAACAAGGAAUUGUUGGAUUUGGAAUUGGAAUUGCAGUUGCUGGUGCUACCGCCAUUGCAGAAAUUCAGUUUGCAGAUUAUAUUUUCCCUGCUUUUGAUCAGAUUGUUAAUGAAGCCGCCAAGUAUCGCUAUCGCUCUGGGGAUCUUUUUAAUUGUGGAAGCCUCACCAUCCGGUCCCCUUGGGGCUGUGUCGGCCAUGGGGCUCUCUAUCAUUCCCAGAGUCCUGAAGCUUUUUUUGCCCACUGCCCAGGAAUCAAGGUGGUUAUACCCAGAAGCCCUUUCCAGGCCAAGGGACUUCUUUUGUCAUGCAUAGAGGAUAAAAAUCCUUGUAUAUUUUUUGAACCUAAAAUACUUUACAGGGCAGCAGUGGAACAGGUUCCCAUAGAACCAUACAACAUCCCCCUGUCCCAGGCCGAAGUCAUCCAAGAAGGGAGUGAUGUCACUCUAGUUGCCUGGGGCACACAGGUUCAUGUGAUCCGAGAGGUGGCUUCCAUGGCUCACGAGAAGCUUGGAGUGUCUUGUGAGGUCAUUGAUCUGAGGACUAUAAUACCUUGGGAUGUGGAUACAGUUUGCAAGUCUGUGAUCAAAACAGGGCGACUGCUAGUUAGUCACGAGGCACCCUUGACGGGCGGCUUUGCCUCUGAGAUCAGCUCGACCGUUCAGGAAGAAUGUUUCCUGAACCUGGAGGCUCCUAUAUCGAGGGUAUGUGGGUACGACACGCCGUUCCCUCACAUUUUUGAGCCGUUCUACAUCCCAGACAAAUGGAAGUGCUAUGACGCCCUUCGAAAAAUGAUCAACUAUUGACCACAG